UGUGUAUAGCAGCAGCCAAGCCCAAGCAGCCCGCCCUAUUCCUCCUCCCUCUCUCCCUCCCUUCCCUCGACCGUCUCCCUCAGUUCACCCCGCAGCAGUUGCCGUCCGGCUUCUAGCUUUCUCUUGCAGACAUGGCCGCGAAAGUGUGCAGACUCCUGCUGUCCCGGAGCAGCGUCGCCGUGGCUUCUCCUUUCCCCGCGCUCGGUGUCUCCUCACAUCGGCAACACCAGCACACAGGAACGGAGACGCUAUCUGGACCGUUUGUCCACCAGAGUGUGAGAAGAGGACACAGCCUGAGGUCCUCCGGCAGGGCAGCACUCUUCAGCCAGUCCAGGACCUCCCUACCUCCCCAGGGCUGGAAGGGAACUCCUACAUGGCAGGCUCAGAGGCUGCUGUGCUCACCUGCUUCUUCAGAAGAGGUGACGGUGGUGUAUCAGAACAGCCUGCCGGUGAUCUCAGUGAGGCUGCCGUCUCGGAGGGAGCGCUGUCAGUUCACUCUAAAGCCCCUCAGCGACAGCGUGGGCGUCUUCCUCCAGCAGCUGCAAGCCGAGGACCGGGGUAUCGACCGAAUCGCUAUCUAUUCUACAGAUGGCGCAAGGAUAGCUUCCUCUACGGGGAUUGACAUUUUGCUGCUGGACGACUUCAAGCUGGUCAUUAAUGACACCACGCACCUUGUGCGGCCACCCAGAAGAGAGUUGUUGCCGCAUGAGGAGGCAGAGCGACUGAACGAUGUGAAGCUUCUGGUGCAGCAGCUCUACACUACUCUGCGCAUAGAGGAGCAUCAGCUGAGCAAAGAGAGAGAGCUGAUUGGCCGACUGGAGGAUCUCAACUCCCAGCUUCGCCCACUAGAAAAGGUGAAAGAGGAGCUGAGCAGGAAAGCAGAGCGUCGGACCACCUGGGUGCUGUGGGGAGGCAUGGCAUAUAUGGCCACCCAGUUUGGCGUGCUGGCACGGCUAACCUGGUGGGAGUACUCGUGGGAUAUCAUGGAGCCCGUCACCUAUUUCAUUACCUAUGGCACAGCCAUGGCCAUGUAUGCCUACUUCGUGCUCACACGCCAGGAGUACAUCUACCCUGAUGCCAGAGACAGACAGUAUCUGCUGUUCUUCCACAAGGGAGUGAAGAGGACACGCUUUGACAUUGAAAAGUACAACAAACUGAAGGACGCUAUUGCUGAGGCCGAGUUGGACCUGAAGCGCCUGAGAGAUCCUCUCCAGCUGCACCUCCCCAUCCAGCAGAUUGGCACCAGCAAGGAUUGAUGUGAGGAAGUGAAAGCCUCCCUUCCUCCUUCCCCCUUUCCUUCUCCCUUCUCUCUCCUUCCCUCCUUCCUCUCUUUCUCCUUUUCCCUCUCCCUCUCAGCCCACUCUUCUGUCAUUUCCUGUUUUUUUUUGUUUCCCCUGCCACCUCUUUUUCAAUUUUUUUUCUUUCUGACAUGAAUUGGAGUUUUUUUUGUUUUUUUUAAAGUUACUACUGUUUUUAUGUUCUAUAAUUUGGUUUUGAAAACUGCUUAAACAUGGCGAGUCAAAGUAGAGGAGGAGGGGAUGGAAUGAAAUCCAACGAAAGAAAGAACGACACCUGAAGCCCCUCUGCUGGAGUUGCUGGAGGGCAAAGUUGCUAGUUGUGCCUGCAGACCUGUGCGCUCUGGUAACGCUACAGGAACAAAGAGAGAACAGCAGCAGCCUACAGGAAGCUCCUGAUGCCUAACAGGAAGUGACCUCUGGGUAUGGACACAAUAUCUCCCAGACAUGCUGAAUAAACAACACAUGCAGACACAUGCUCUGUGGUUCAGCACUUCUAAAACGUACUUUAAAAAGAAAACCUCUAAAGACCUAUUUUUUACAGUGGAGUUGUAUAUCUGGCACAGGAAAGAUCUUGGGCCUUUGGGCUUUUUUUUUCAGCCCUGGACAUUGUUGUUGGGGGGACAAUCAAAUGCAGGAGAGCUAUUUUUGACCCAACGUCCCUGCGUGGAGCAGAGUUGUCCUCUAUCUCCCUGUCCCCUCCUGUCCUUUAGUGGCUGAGACUCUGGACUGCCGCCACAUCUCCCUGUGUCUCCAGUUGCAUCCUUAGCAUGACGGACACGCUCUGCUGUGCAAAUUACAGAGCUGUAACAGGGGUUCAACCACACUGCUGCUAAGUGUGUACAAGGAGAAGGGGUUACGUGAUGAGCAUCACUUCCUGUACAGACCUGUUGCAAGCUGCAGACCAGAAGUCUAACGGCUAAACAUCACUGUGUGUUCAAUUAUUCAAAAAAAAAAAAAAAAAAAGAAAGAAAGAAAAAGAAAAAAACAAAAAAAAUUUGGCACUUUUUAUUUUGAAAGCCAUAUAUUAUAUUAUAUUAUAUUAUAUUAUAUUAUAUUAUAUUAUAUUAUUUGUUAUAAUGGGUGAGGAAUUGAACUAAGCUUUUUCUUUCAUAUUGGUGGAGGAGUUCUUCUUUUUUUUAACCUGACAUCUGAUCAUCACGUCAGCGUAAGACUUGCAUUGCACAUCAGUACACCGGAUCAGGCCAUUUUCCUCAUACAUACAGCUCUUGAUAUUAAAUUACAGAAUUACCACGCUUAACACGCACACAAUGUUUAAUUACGAAUGCAAGCUAUGAAUGGUGACAGUGAAUUAGUCCACAUAUGCGCCUUUUGCUUUGAAACCUGUGGAGAUUAACAGAGGAUUACAAAAGUGACAGAUUCAGAAGGUUUCCUCUUCUUUUCUGUGCCAGAAAACUGUUACCCACAGUGCCUCACAGCACCCCGUGCAGCAUGCUGAUCAGGGCGCUCCUAUUCCCCUGUGCAGCCACGUUCUGGUCUCUCAGCCUCAGCCCCUACGAGCCAGACACAUCCAUCCUUCAAGACUUUUCCUGGGCUGUUUACUGUAUCAUACGAUUGCAUAAAAAAAAAAAAAAAAAAAAACAGAGACAAAACAGCUGCACAGCUCCUCUGUAUGCCAAGAAUAUACUGAAGUGUGAAGAGAACCGUGUAAUAUAUUAGAUCCUAGGCUUAGUUGGUUUCUCGCACAAUUUUGCGGCAUGCUGUAGCGCGUGACUUUUGCAUCCUUUCAUCUAGAACAUGGCGUCAUUAGGGUACAGGCUUUAGCGCAGACGCAUUCCGAAGUAGUAAAAUCUGUGGAUGGAAUAUUGGAUUGCUUGAAUAUGCACACUGCAUUUAUUUAUUUAUUUUUUUCAUACAACAAGACGUAAAUGCAUUUCUUCUGGACAUGGUGCUCUGUUCAAAGUUGGGUAGGAAUCACGUCAUAACUCAAAUUUGUGUCUCAGAUGAACCUGUAUGCAUUAGUGUACCUUCAGAGGGUUAUGUUGUAUGGAUAUCUUACUAAUAUCUUCCUUCAUGCAGUCAGGUGUGCUGCCGAUGCCGCAUAUCUCCAAAAAGAAACCCUUUUUAGCUAUUAAGGUGUCAGCAUACAUCAUUGUAAAGAAAAUACAUAGAAAAUACAUCACGUUUUCCAAAAGAUAUAAGAAUGAAGAAUGUUUAGAAAAUAUGUUUUUAAGUAACAAGGUUUCUGCAGCACACUCACGCAAUAUUUGCUCCGACAUGCUGAUUAAUAUAUCUAACAGCCUUGCCAUCUCCCUUGCAGUAAUAUUUUGAAGCCUAAUGCUGCAUGUUGGCCUUGUGUGCUGCAAAUGGGAAGUUUUUUCUUGGAUAUUGUCUUCUCCUGUCAUGCAGUUCACCAUCAGUCCAUGCCUCCAGGCAGUCACACCACUCAUGUCCAGUGGCUCAACAUGGCUAAGUGAGCUAAGGGAUUGUCUGGAUCCUUCAUGUUUAAGAGACCUGGAGCAGAACGGUGCUGUCUGAUGUAAUACAUGGCUUACUUAUUUAAUCAGCGAAAUGUUAUACACUGUGCAUGACUGCAAGUCUGGAAAUAUGUCACAGUGAUUUGAAGGAAUGUGUCUCGCAAAUUUUGACAUUUAUAGGAAUGAAAAGCACAGUCAUAUUAAUCCUAGAAAGGCCACAUCUGAAUAAGCAAGAUGAAAUUGAGUUGUUGUGGAGACGGCUAGCCUGGAUGUGAGUAUUGGUGUAUGGUUGCAGAGACUGCAGUGGACUAGUGCAUGAUGAUAAAACUGAAGCUAUCACAGGUAGCUCAAUAAUCGCUUCUAUAUUUCAUUUGGAACAGGUUUUGCUGCUCUCAGCUGUCAUUACGCAAAGUUUAGAAAUGCUGUCACAGUAAGAACGUAUCAUCGAUAUACGGCUUCAUCAAUAAGGACAGGCUGAUUGUCAGUGUAACUGUUUUUGUACGACUCCAUGAGUGCAUUUGAGUAAUUCCCAUUAAUAUCGGUCCUGAUCAAUAUGAGUAAAUCAAUCACCUUCCUGUGCCCCCUUGGCCUCUUGUCCUCAUACCGUCAAUAAUCAUAAAUCUUUGUAUGCUGUUGCACGCACAGAGGGAAGCGAGGGCAGGGACGGUGUCUAAAAAAACACUUCCUGGAAUGACCUGCAAAGCUGAUACCAAAAUCAUUCUCACUGUUCAAUGCCUCAGUCUUUAUCACCAUUGAGCAUUUUUACUUUUUUUGUUGUUUGUUUUCUAUAAGGGUUUGCCUUUGUUUGCUUUGCCUUUAAUUUUUUACAAGAGUAUAUGUAAUAUAUGGAAUUUAUUCUAAAGCGGGUGUUGCAUGAAUGUAAUGUUUACAUGGGGAAAUUAUAUAACAAUGACCCAAAAAAAGCUGCAAAGAUUACAGAAUACUGGUUUGUUGAGGAUUUAGUGCAGUUUUAUUUCUUUCCAUGUGCUUUGAGACUGCCCUGAAAGAUCGAUAGGCAGCCAACGUCCAGCCACGCAUCACUCUUUUUCUUUUUUUGUAUCUCUCUCUCUCUCUCCUCUCUCUCUAUCCAUUUAUAGCUUUCUAAUACCUCUUCAUAAGCCCACAAUUUUUCCAUAGCACAUGAAUUACGUUUCAGAGGAGUGCAUUAUUUUACAUUUUUACCACGUGCACUUAAGAAAAUAAAGUUAAAAAUUACAAAAUAUAUAUCAAUAUGAGUAAAGCAGGAUCUCAUUUUCACAUUAAUGUAUUUUCUUCAUUUCAUGUUUGUUUUUAUCAAUAGCAUCAGAUGCUGUGAUAUUGGAAGACUAUAAAAAUAAAAAUGUAAACUCCUGUAUCAUUUAUGAAAUGUGUAUAAAAGAGAAAUGUAAUUCACUUAUCAAUAAAUACUUAUCCAGUUUUGGAACUGA